AUGCCCCACCACCAUGAUCACACCGGCUCCGCCAGUGAUCUCGAGGACCAGAAAAUUUGUCACAUGCGACGAGCCCUCGACUCAUCGGAUGUCGAACUUGUAAAGCUGAUGGUUAUGGGAGAAGGCCUAAAUCUCAAUAAAGCAUUGGCCUUGCAUUAUGCUGUUGAAAAUUGCAGUAGAGAAGUGGUAAAAGCUUUACUAGAACUUGGAGCAGCUGAUGUGAAUUAUGCAAUAAACUAUGGAAAAAGAUCAAAAUUGGAGUUCAUGGCAGGAGGUGGCGGUGGUGUUGGUGGUGGUGUUGGUGUUGGUGGUGGUCGUGGUGGCAAUGGUGGUGGGAUGUGA